AAGAGAUUAACGUCCAAUUGGUCUACUUAAACAGACCAAAAUAGUCAACAGUUGUACUUCAAAGUACACGUAGAAUUUGUACCUAUAUUUUUAAAAUUCCAACGUGAAGAAAUAUUUUCAAAAAUGAUUAUAAGUAAACAAAUAUUAAGGCAGACUGUGGCCAUUUUUCCAGUUUUUAUAAUCAGCUUGCUGGCUGGAAUGGGCUUCGUGUGGCCAGCUUCGAGUUUCAGAGCUCUGCAAUCAUCCGAAGCAGGAGUACAAUUUUCACUAGCCGAUUGCACAAUGGCAGCAUCGUGCAUUUAUUUUGGUAGAAUGGCGUCUCCUGUGAUUGGAGUUCUUAUACUUGGCAGAUGUGGACGAAAAACACCUCUUGUAGUAGCAGCUCUAUCCAUGCUGAUUGGAAGUCUCUUGUUGAUUCCAGAAAAAACUCAGACAUAUGUUUUUAUAUCGAGAUUCAUUUUCGGAUUCGCCACCGGCACUUACACCCCAUUCUGCAACAUGUACGUGGGCGAAAUCUCAUCGAAAAACGUUCGCGGUAUUUUCGCCACAUUAUACGUAAUGUUCUACGACAUCGGCACCUUACUUCAAUUCUUCUGCGGCUGGCACCUGACUUACAAACAGACAGCCAUUCUAACCACCGCAAUAUCAGCAGCCGCCCUCCUAUCCACUUAUUACCUCACCGAGUCACCAUUCUUCCUCAUCUCCAAAGGCCAGAAACAGCGAGCUUACAAUAUCUUAUGUUAUUUACGAGACAGUCGAGGUAAAGUAGUCAGCAGCGAAUUACAAGACACUCGAGGCAUAAACUCGACGGCAAAUGUUUGCGAAUUUGUUAGCAAUUUCAAACGCCCCGAAGUCUAUAAAAGCUUCAUAAUCGUCAUCAUUCUGGGUAUAAUCGCAUCUUUACUCAUGACAGUAACAGUAUCGUUCGCCAACUACCUGAUACCCAGCACUAAAUACCUAUCUGGAGACGCGUUCGCUAUGAUAUUAUGCUGUAUACCGGUAUGGGCAUCUCUAAGUUCCACAUUUCUCAUCGAAAGAUAUGGCAGAAGAACGUUACUCAUGAGUAGCUUCAUUUCAAUUGGUGUCAUGGUAGCAAUAGUAUCAGUAUUACUUUACAUAGAUGAAAGGACAUCUUACAAAGUACCGUAUUUUACGUGGAUUUUAGCUGUCGUCAUAUUACUAUUCGUUACCAUAUUUUCCUUCAGUACAUAUCCAACGGUGAUUGCCAUAAGAUCGGAGAUGUUCCCACCGGCGUACAAAGUGUUCGGAACUAAUACCACUAUUAUGUUCAAUUCGCUGACUAGUUUGCUUUCGACGGUGAUUUUCAUCAAAUUGAAAGAACUUAAUUUAAUAUACGUUGUGUUUGUAGCUUUCACAAUCACUUGCAAGGUGGCUCUGGCGUUUACCUAUUUCGUCGUACCGGAAACCAAAGGAAAAACUUUGAAUGAAAUUCAACGCAUGCUGCGAGGAGAUCCGCCAACUCAGGAUUCUUGAUUGAUUCAAUAUAACUUUAGACCUUGUGCAAUACGAAUCUUACACUUGUACAUUGAAAAUAUCACGUUUAAAUCUCAUUAUUCCUACAGGUUCAUUAUACGGAAUUUUAAUAUAUUCUUAUACUAGUCA